GUGAGUUUGUAUAAUAAAAAACCCACAAGUCCACCUAUACGUCCACUUACCCCAUUCACAUAAAUAGUUUCAUCACUAUUUUCUUUUUUUCUAACACACACGUCCUCUCACACACUACACAUUUAUUCUCUAUCCUCCAAAUUUAGCCAAAUUUUCCUUUAUAUAUUUCUUAAAUUCCAACAAAGUGGUAUCAGAGCCACAAGAUUCUACUUGUGGUAUGGCGAAUUUACAAUCGUUUCAAGUCCCCAUGCUCAACAAGAGCAACUUCGACAAUUGGAGCAUCAAGAUGAAGGCGCUAUUGGGAGCCCACGACGUUUGGGAGAUCGUGGAGAACGGCUACGAGGAGCCGCAGGACGAGGCCGCACUAUCCCAACAACAAAAGGAUAGAUUGCGAGACGCGAGAAAGAGAGACAAGAAGGCUCUCUGUCUUAUUUAUCAGGCGCUAGGGGACGACGAUUUCGAGAAAAUCUCAAACGCGAACACCGCCAAAGAAGCAUGGGAGAAGCUCCAGAACGCGUGCAAAGGAGCGGAGCAAGUAAAAAAGGUACGACUUCAAACUUUAAGAGGAGAGUUUGAGUCUUUGCAUAUGAAAGAGUCCGAAUCAAUUUCGGAUUAUUUUUCAAGAGUCUUGGCGGUGUCUAAUCAAAUGAAAAGAAAUGGUGAAAAAUUGGAGGAUGUUAGAAUUAUGGAGAAAAUAUUGCGCUCACUAACCCCAAAGUUUGAGCACAUUGUGGUGACGAUCGAAGAAACUAAAAAUUUGGAGGAGAUGACAAUUGAUCUCUUGUUGGGGUCGUUGCAAGCAUACGAGGAGAAGCAAAAGAAGAAGCAAGAAAUUUCAGAGCAACUUUUAAAGUUGCAAGUAAGCCCGAAAGAGAAAGAAGAAGGUCCGAGCAAUGGCCAUGGACAGUUCGGGAGAGGACGUGACCAAGGACAAGAUCGAGCCAGAGGCCGAGGCCGUGGACGUGGACGUGGACGAGGACAAAGAGGCUUCGUCAACAGUGGUGAAAGAAUUGAGUUUACAAGUGGUCGGGGAAGGAGCAACCUGCAGUCGAGGUACGAU